AUGGCUCCCGAUGCUUCCGACGCACUUUCAGUAAGAGAGAAAGUUCAACACUUUCUCAACGCGGCUCGAACGGGAAAUCUCGAUCUCUUAAAGAAAUUUGCGGAACAGUUAGAUGAAGGGAAAGAUUUAUCGAAAACCGUGGAAGCUAUUAAAGAUGCAAACAAGCGUGGAGCACUUCAUUUUGCUGCUCUUGAAGGACAGACUGAGAUUUGUAAGUAUCUUUUAGAGGAUUUGAAGCUCGAAAUUGAUUCCAAAGAUGAUGAUGGAGAAACUGCUCUCAUUCAUGCUGCACGCCAAGAACAUACUGCCACUGCUAAGUAUCUUAUUGACCGUGGUGCUGAUCCUACUAUUGCUAGCAAUUUAGGAGCUACGGCGUUGCAUCAUUCUGCUGGGAUAGGAGAUAUUGAGUUGCUUGAGUAUUUGCUGUCCAAAGGAAUUAAUCCCGACUUAGAAAGUGAUGCGGGAACACCUUUGGUUUGGGCUGCUGGUCAUGCUCAACAAGCUGCUGUGACUGUUCUAUUAAAACAUGGUGCAAAUCCUAAUGCUGAAACUGAUGAUGGCAUUACCCCACUCCUUUCUUCUGUGGCAGCUGGUUCGUUAGAAUGCUUGGAGCUGUUAAUACAGGCAGGUGCUAAAGUAAAUGUUAGUGCUGGUGGAGCAACUCCUUUGCACAUUGCAGCUGAUAAUGGGAGUCUAGAACUCAUAAAUUCCUUAUUGAAAGCUGGAGCUGAUCCUAAUGUCUCUGAUGAGGAUGAUGUCAAGCCAAUACAGGUUGCAGCUGCAAGGGGUAAUCGUGGAGCAGUUGAAAUUUUCUUCCCCGUUACAUCCAAAAUUGAUGCCGUUCCUUCUUGGACUAUUGAUGGGAUACUUGAGUAUAUGCAAUCAGAAAGUAAAAACCAGCAGGGUGAAUUGGUGAAUGGUAAAGAAAGUAACGGGCACAAGGAUGAUGUUUCCCGAGAGCAAAAUAUCCCUGAGGUGUCACCAGAAGCCAAAAAGAGAGCAGCAGAGUCAAAAGCAAGAGGGGAUGAGGCUUUUAAAAGGAACGACCAUUAUACGGCUAUAGAUUCCUAUACACAAGCAAUUGAUCUGAACCCCGGUGAUGCUACGUUGCUAUCAAAUAGAAGUCUCUGUUGGAUGAGACUAGGUCAAGCUGAGCAUGCUUUAGCUGAUGCAAAGGCCUGCAGAGCAUUAAGACCAGAUUGGUCAAAAGCUUGUUAUAGGGAAGGUGCAGCCUUGCGUUUGUUGCAGAAAUUUGAAGAAGCAGCAAAUGCUUUUUACGAAGGAGUAACAAUUGAUCCCGAGAACAAGGAGCUUAUAAACGCUUUUAGGGAAGCUGUUGAAGCUGGACGGAAAUUUCAUGGCACAGCUGAAAAUAAGUCGUAG